AUGCCAACAACGCUGGAGAAACUAUCUUUUGCUGCAAAUAGACUUACAACAGGAAGAUAUCUCUUUGAGUUCCACACUUUGUAUAAUUUGAGGGAAUAUAACAUGACCUUGUUCCUUCAUCAGGAAAAUUUCGCUUCCUUUUCUGAAAAAUGUGACGAGAAAAGCGACGCCUUUACGACAAAUCUGUCAAUAAAGCACGAAGAUAUAAGAAGUAAGCGGCUUGAAGGUAAGAACAGAAUUAAUAUCACUAUAUAUCUACCAAAAAAUCUGGAAACAAUCUAUGCAAAUUCUAGUAAAUUGUACGGACGAUUCCCAAAAUGUAACUUGAAUGCAAGCGGAAUAAAGAAUGUCUAUCUACAAGACAAUUUUCUUUUUGCAUGGAACCAACCCGUAUUUGGCGUAGAGAGUGUUGAAAGGCUGGAUCUAUCAAACAAUUUAUGCACUGAUAUUUCUCCGCUGUUUACUGCCAGUCUUGUUCGAGUUAAAUACCUAAAUCUUGCAAAAAACAUGUUAGGACGAGCUUUACGGUUAGACAAUAAAUGUCAAAUAUUCCAAAAUCAAAGAAACGUUGAAGAACUAGACAUAUCAGGAAACCAGCUUGUAGAGUUACCAUUUUGUACAUUUCAAAACUUGCUGAAAAUGAGAAUACUACGGCUUGAUAACAACCAGAUAACUAAUGUAAGCUUUGGAAUUCGUCAUAUGGUCAAUCUUUCUUACGUUGAUUUUUCCGACAAUCGAUUAACAGCACUAUCGGACGAAACUAUGACGUCAUUAAAACUGAUUUUUAAAAAGUCAAAAGUAUUGAUCAACCUUAGCUACAACAAGCUUCAGUGUACUUGCCAGAAUCUAGCUUUUCUUGCCUGGAUGAAUGAACACAAGAAUCAUUUUGUUCACAUAGAACAGUACAUUUGCUCCAAUCGGAAUACUCAGUUUGAUUUUAGGGAAAUGGAAAAAUCUCUUCUUAUUCUUCGUAUGAACUGUAUUAAUUUCGAUAUUCUGAAUGUAACAGCCACUGCUUUUAUAACUCUCUUUUUAUGUUUGGCACUUGUACUCAUUAUUAGGAAAUAUAUUUGGCAUAUAAGGUACUUCAUUCAUAAAACUAAGCAAAAGCACAAUUUUGAGAUUCGUUUAUCUGGAAUGGACCCUGAACCUUUGCUGAUGAAUAAAAAUUUGCCGAAUCUGAACAUACAGGACUUAUCUGAAGAUUCCAUGAACACUCUGUGUGACAGAAAACAAAGUGCAAACCAAUAUUUCUAUGAUGCAUUCAUAUCCUAUGUUGGUGCAGACAGAGAUUUCGUCUUUCAAAAGGUAAAACCUUUACUUGAAUCUCACAACAUAAAUGUAUGUAUUCGUGACAUUCACUUUGAACUUGGUAAUGGAAAAAUUGAAAAUAUCAUGAAAGCUAUCGGGGGAAGUAGGAGAACAAUCUGUAUUGUAUCCAAAGCGUAUAUGAGAUCCAGAUGGAGAACGUAUGAACUGAAUAUGGCAAAAAUGGAAGGUAUCAAAGCGCGAGAUUCUCUGGGAUUUGUCCAUCUUGUCCUUAUGCCUGACCUUUUUCAUGGUGUUUGUAAUACAAAUAUCAAGGAUUUAAUAGACAGGAAAUAUUAUCUCGAUUACCCCCCGGAUGGCUCUGCUUUACAGGAGGAAUUCUGGAAGAAGUUGGUUAAUAUUAUUAAAAGCCCCUAUUUGUGA